AAUUAAUAAAUAGAUCGUGACGCGGGUCCGCGAGGAAAUCCACUCGACUCAGAACUCCUGUUGUCUUCUCGAUAUAUAAUUUGAUUCUCCAGGCCCUUCUCGAGCCUCAGGUCAGACCACGUGAAUUUUCAACGGACUAGUUUCUGCUCAUUUCAUGAAUUCAUGCACCGGGAUGACAAGAGACGAGAAACGCGCACGAGGGUUACUCUGCUUUGUGAAUUAUCCGGGCGAACGAACAAAUGCCAUUGUUGACAUUACAACGUGUCGUGCAGUGGGGAAGCAGCUCAACCAGCUACGUGCCUACGUGCCUCCUAGGGAACUCCACUUCUCUCUCUCUCUGCUGGCCUGUAAACACGACAGAUGCGUCAUCAGAGAAAUGCGUGGUAAAAGCAGUGUCCAACAAAGAGAUAAUAGUCUACGAACGUCUGCAGGAGGAACAAACGUCGAAGAAGUUUACGUUCGAUGGUGUUUUCGGUCCGUCGUCGACCCAGGUGGACGUGUACAACACGGUAGUCAGCCCGCUGUUGAAAGAAGUCAUCGCCGGGUACAGUUGCACAGUGUUUGCCUACGGCCAGACCGGCACCGGCAAAACGUACACGAUAGAAGGUUGUCGCGCGAGCAGUUCGAACUGGCAGAUCGACACGUCCGCUGGGAUAAUCCCACGUAGCCUCGACCAUCUGUUUGACGAGCUGCAGCUGCUGGAGAACCAGCAGUACACCGUCCGGGUCAGCUUCCUCGAGCUCUACAACGAGGAGCUGAUCGAUCUCCUGACGGAUGACAACAACGUGUCAUUCAAGAUCAAGCUAUACGAUGAUAUCGCGAAGAAGGGCUCGGUCAUUAUCCACGGGCUGGAGGAGGUGGCCGUCCACAAUAAGACCGAUAUCUACAGGAUCCUUGAGAAGGGUUCGGAGAGACGGCAUACCGCGGCGACGAUGCUCAAUGCGAACUCGAGCCGCUCGCACACGGUGUUCUCCAUAAUGAUACACACGAAGGAGAACACGAGCAGCGGCGAGGAGCUGCUGAAGACGGCGAGAUUGAACCUGGUGGACUUGGCUGGUAGCGAACACGUCGGCAGGUCCGGGGCGGUCGAGAAAAGGGCGCGCGAGGGCAAGACGAUCAAUCAGUCCCUGCUGACCCUCGGCCGGGUGAUAACCGCCCUCGUGGAGAAGGCGCCUCACAUACCGUACCGCGAGUCAAAGCUCACGAGGCUUCUGCAGGAGUCGCUGGGCGGGCGAACGAAGACCUCGAUAAUCGCGACCGUUUCAUCCGCCUCCGCUAAUCUCGAGGAGACCCGUUCGACGCUGGACUACGCUUACCGGGCGAAGAACAUCACCAAUCGUCCCGAGAUCAAUCAGAAGGUCUGCAAGCGAGAGCUUCUAAGGGAGUACACCAGGGAGAUUGAGAGGCUCAAGAGAGAUGUUGUGGCAACGCGCGAGAAGAAUGGUGUCUACGUGCCGUACAACGACUACGAUGCUAUGCAGAUGUUGAUCGACCGUCAGAAGAAAGAACUGAAAGAAAAAAGAGAUUACAUUAAAGCAUUACAAGAGCUUUUGGAGAACAAAGAGAAAAUAUUUAACGAUUUGCGAUCACAAUAUGAUACUCAAGAGAGCAACCUAAUUAAAAAUAUUAGCGAAUUGAGUGAGAUGAGUGGUUUUUUACAAACGACGGAAAAGUUGUUGAAACAGGUAAAGUGCGAUAAAAACGCACAGAAACAAUUUGUGGAAAAGUAUGCUGAAAAUGAAAAGAUUCUGCUCCACCAAAUGAAUACUGUUUUAAACGUGGUAAAUGAAGCAUCCGAAGAUGCACAAAAAUUACACGACAAACUUGAUCGCGAAAUAAAAAUAGAGGAGAAAAAUGAAAAACUUGGAUUGCAAAUGAAGGAUGAUAUUACGAAACGCUGCGAAGAAAUUGAAGCUAAACUUUUGAUUUAUAAGAAUGAGAUUCACACGUUUCUCAAAUUUACACAAGACCAAAUUGAAACUCAUAUAGCUGAACGAACUAGGAAUAUAGAGGAAUCGAUUCGCAUGAUCAUUAAUCGUGCCAUUUCUCAGCAUUUUAUCGCAAGUAAAAACACAAAAAAAGACAUAAUUGCUUCGUAUACACACUAUAAAAAGGUAUUAAAUGGACAUAUGCAAGAUGCAUCCAAUGUUAUCGAGAAUAAAGAUAAAUUGUUAACCGAUAUUUAUUCAAAACUGGAACCAGAUAUUAAGAACCUAUUUAAAUCAAAUUAUGGAAAUCUUAUGAAGAUUGUACAAUCAUUAUGGAGAAACAUUAUUGAGAAAUUAGAAGAUGUGUCAAUAUAUACGAAAUGUACUAUAGACACAAUGUGUAGAAACCGUUUUGAAGAAUUUAUUUGCUUGCAUAAAAGUUUAAACCAGAUUGGCGAAAGUAUUAACAGAAUUUCUCAAAAUAAAAAACAAAUGUUUGAAUCGUACGAAGAAAUAGAAAUGAGGAUGGAGAAUUUGUCGCAUGGACUUAAAAUUUUAAAACAUGAGAAAAAUUAUUCUGAAUGCGAUGAUGCAUCUCAUCAAAUUGAUAAAGCUUGCAAUAAUAUUUGCGAACAAAUUUCAAGUGGUUAUAACGCAAAUCUAACUAAGCAAAACGAUUUGAAGAAUUAUCUACAAAAUAUUGCAUCCUCCAUUAAAAAUGAUAUUGACAGUGGCAUUAAUCAGAUGCAAAUAUCAAAUAAAAAUGGUUCCGAAAAUGAAAAUAUCUUGAUCACUGAACUACAAGCACGUUUAAAUACUGGUAAUGCUAUAUUAAAACAAUACAAUAAUAAUAUACAAUUUACUGGAAAACUAUUAAAAGAAAAAAUGGAUGAAAAUGAAAAAAAAAUAUUAAUGUCCAGUGCUAAUAUCUUUCAAACGGUUAAAAAUAUGGGUGAAAUUCAUAAUACCUGUAUGGAAAAGCAGCAAAAGGAAAUUUCAGAUGUUUCCAGAAUCAUAGAAGAUAAUUUGACGAAUCGACGUACGGAAUUAAAUAAUUGCAAUGGUGAGAUAAUCGAAAAAUUGCGCGCGUCACAACGCCGGAUCGACGAAUUCUUAUCCGACACAAACUUCUGGUGUAAAAUUCCUACAGGCACAACACCAGAAAGAAAAAAUUUUUCAUAUCCUCAUGAAUUUGCAAAAAUGUCGCCGUCUAAACGAAUCAUUCAAAACUUCCAAGAAGAUAGCAGUAAUUUAUAUGAAGAAAAUAAUAAUCUAACUCUAACUGAACAAUUAUCUGUCUUGAAUGUGAUCAACGUUAAAUUGUCACCCAAUAAAAAUGAUGCAUCAUUCGUUACAUCUACACCGUACAAUAAUCCAAAAGUAAUAUAUGCGAAUACUAAGAAUUCUGAUACUUUUGCUACACCUAUAUCCACACUAGCUCGUCCGUAACUUUAAAAUAUUUCAAAAAUUGUGUGUGUAGGUAUCUAUAUUUAUUAUUUAAAUGUUACGAUAUUUAGAUAUUGUGGAUAAUGAUAAUAUAAAAGCAAUAUUUUCUAUUGUAACCAUUUGCAGAGGAUCAAUAAGUUUUUUUUCUUUUAGAAUAAUAAUGAAGCUGAAAGAAUCUGGUAUGCAAACAUAAUAUCAAAAUAGAAAUAAAGGCAGAAAACAACUAACCAUAUCACACAACAUAAAACAUAUAAAUUAUUUAAUCUAAUUUAUCAUAAAAAUAAAUUUGAAUAAGCAUGUUGAUAGUUCAUAAAAUAAUUGCAUAAGUUAAAGGUUUGUCCCAAAAUACUGUAUUUCUAAGACAAAAUCAAUGUAUAAAUUAAAAUGUGUAUAAUUUACUAUAAAUAUUAUUCACAUUUUUUAUAAUAUAUAAUUUAAAAAUAAGAGCAAAGGAAAAAUGGUUCUAAAUAUAUAAUUUAUUUGCAGAUGUAUUUAAAAAACAUGACAAAAGAUUAACUUAUUUUACUUUUGAAUAAAAUAAUUAUUUAUUAAGUUUAUUUUUUUAUUUAAUCCACACAAGAUUAUGAAUAGAGUAAGUAUUAUAAAUUAAAUAUUAGAUAAAUGUCGAAACAAAUAUGCUCAUGAUGAGUAAACAUAACGAGUUAAGGUAAAUUUUUUUCAAAGUUAUAUAUUUUCCUUUUUGAUACUUGCUUACUUUUAGUUAACUAAUAUUUUAAUAAAUAUUGAUUGAAAGUACCUCAAUGUUCCAGGGCACUCAGUUGUUCAGCAGAAAUAAGAUUAUUCUGAUUUAACAUUACCAAUAUGUUUUUUAAUUGCGCAAUUCGUUUAUCUUUUAUCCGUACUUUCUGUUGGAGAGUUCUAAUUUUUUGUUUUUUAAUCUGUUCGAUUUUUAUCCUUUUAAGUGCUUGAUGAAUACAGUAAAGGAUCGUCUCUCGAGACAGCCAAAAAAUGCCACAUGUAGCGUGACACCUCUUGAGACCAAGAUAUAUAUUCUUUUUUUCGAAAUAAAAAUUAUUAUUUCUUGUAUUUGAAAACAAUGGACUGACUGAUAAAAUAAUGCUUCUUUUUAUGCAGCAGUUCAACAUUUUCUAAAUUUCGGAACAUUCUUUUUCUGUGAAAUACAGCCAAAUACAACUUCAGAUU